AUGAAUCGUUCCGGUGUUUCUUUGAAUUCUGAACAGAAAAUGAAAUUAAUUGGUUGGGUAUUUCUAGAUUUUCUUUUUAAAUUCUCAAAUCUUUUAGAAGCUAUACAUGAACGUCCACAAAUUUGGGACAGUUCUUACGAAGGUUUUCGAAGCAAUCCAACACGUCAGGGUGCAUUCAAUGAAGUUGCUGAAUUGCUUUCUGAGGGCGGAACAGAAAUUUUUACAAGAAUUCAAGUGCAAGAAGAGUGGGGGAAACUUCGUUAUUGUUUUACUCGAAUAGUCAAAAAACUUUAUGAUGAAGGAUAUAUUAGCCCGAAUGGGACUGUUUUACAAUUAAAUCCGGACCAUCAAUUAAUUACUUGGCCAUAUUGGCAACCUAUGAAUUUUUUGUUGGAAGGAGUGGCUUUGCAAUUGUGUAGUACUCGAGGGGGAGGUGGAGGUGGAAGUAAUUAUGGGGGAGAUGAUGGAGUUGGAGAUGUUAACAAUAAAGGGAAUACACGUCAAAAUAGUGAGGAACCUGAUAAUCACAAAAUUCGUCGUAGUCGAAAAGGUAUGAGAGGAGGCUUAUCAUCUGCAAUUACUCACAAACACAACAAAUCAACAAAUAGUUAUUUGGCUAUUGAAGAAGAUUUGUCUAGUCUGUCUAACCCCAAAACUCAAUCAACAAACGAUUUAUUAAUGUCUAAUUUACUCAGUUCUUUCGCUCCCCAAGAUUUGCUUUUGUCCAAUUUUAAUGCUUUAAAUGAACAAUUUCACCCACAAAAAAUGGAGGAUGAUAUUGAGACAAUUAUUGUGGAUACUGAUUUAAAUAAAAAAUCAAAAGAGGAAAAUGAAGAGUUAAAAAAUGUUGAAAUUGAACAACAAAAUAAGCGGCAACAAAAUAUUCGAGGGGAAGAAAAUAAUGAGGAUGUUGUUGUUACUAAUGAGAAUUUGAAGGGGAAAAGGAAGAGAAGGAAGGAUGAUAUUUAUGGUAGUAAAGAAAGAUAUCUCGUUAAGAUCGUUAAAGGACACCCCUUGGGAGCUGAAAAAUCGUAUACCUCAAAAACAGAGAUGACACGGGCUGAUUCGUUGAGUGGUUUGGAUUUAUUACUUCGACAACGUAUUGAAGUGACAAAUGGACAAAUUACAACUAACGGGCAUGAAAACCAUAAUCAUCAACAACCUCAACGUCAACAGCAACGUUCCUCAUAUUCUCCAGCGCCUUUAGAACCUUCAAAUACAACAAAAACUAAAUUAUUAAAUACAAAUUCUUUAAGUGGAAGUGAAGGAAGUGGAGGAGGAGUUACUAUUUGUGGUACUAAUUCUGUUUGUGGAGGUGGAGGGGGAACGAUUGAUGAUGUUAAUGAAUCUUUUGGUCGUUGUAUUGUUCAUCAACUCCAAAUGGUUGCAAAGAAAGAUGCUCUUUUAUGCGUGCAAAUGCGAAAAAAAUUAUUGGAAGUUUGUUUUGAAUAUGAAAUGCAAGCUUGUAAAAUUUCAAAGACUGAUGAUUAAAAUUUUAAAAAUAAAAAGUCACUUUCCCUCUUUUUUUCCACUCACUUUGUGCUAUUACCUUUUUUUGUUUUAAUUUUAUUUUUGCAUUUAUUUUGUCACUUUGUCACUACAAUUAUUUUUUCUCUUUUUUUUUGAUAAAUUAAAUAUACCUCAGAAAUAUUUUAUUAAUUAUAACAAAUAGCUUUAGCGGAUCCAGGGAAGUCCUGUAUAUUCGAAACGAAAAUUUCGAAUAUCCGCUUUUUUGCGGAUGCGAAAAAUCUUUUUCAUUUGCGUGCAGCUUUGAUGCGGAUUCGCCAACCGUAUUGCCAAAAAGACCAGGGAAGGAAAAACAAAAGGAAAAGGUAUAAAAGCCCGAUAAAAAAUACGCAGAAAUUUCUGGCAAAAAAUGUAGGAUAAUCGU